CAGAAUAACCAGCAAAAAAAAAACAUGGACAGACAGAUGGAUAGAUUGAAACUGGCCAAUUGAACAUUCGAAAUUACCGAUCCUCUCUCCACUUUCUCAUCAUAUAACUGUCGUUUGACUUGCUUUGAUUAUAUUUGUGAUUGUCAAAUAGAAAAAAAACAUACGGUUUGAAUUCAAUCCAAAACCGACGGACAAUCAUGAUCAUCAUCAUCGUUUCUUCGGCAACCGACAACUAACCAACCAACGACGACAACUAAAAAUUUAUUCAACUAGAAAUAAAUUUAUUGAAGAGAAGAAACAACGAAAAAAAGAAGCUCAUAUCAAAUUCUAAAUUUAGACCAUACAACAACAACAACAACAGCAACCACAUUAUAUAUGGCCUGUGUGUAUGGUGUAUGACCCGACUUUCGAAAAUCAGAGAAAAUCAUAAUCAUUUUAUUUAUGCUUCUCUCUACCGAUCCAGAGUGUUCGUUACUAUCUCUUGGAUUAUUGUAGUUUUUUUUGUUCUGUUGAUUAUUGUUCUGUUAUUUGUUCAUUGUGAAUUGACAUAUAUUCGUGAUACAUUCUACAUCAAUGAAAUAAGUUGAAUGAUAAACAAAUAAACGUCAACAACAACGACCACUAAAAAUGAUUCGUCAAUAUCGUGCAUUCGAAGAUCUGGAAGAACCUUGUUUUCUUGUUCCUGAACCGGAAUGGAUAACGGUUACAUAUCAGAUGAAAUCAAUCAUAUGCCAAUGGCGUUGGGAUGAAAUUCGUGAAUUAGUACCGAAAAAGUUAUCACGGCCAAUAAAAAAGAAGAAAAAUGUCGAUUCUACUGGUGGUGGUGGUGAUUCGGAAUCGCUAAAAGAUUUACAUCAUUCUCAGAUACAGAUUCGACCACCACCAACAACAAAUGUUUCAAAUUCAGCUCCAGCGUCACCGAAUUUACGAUUAAAUAAUACAAAACAUUUACAUGUUCCAUCGACACAACAUCAUCAUUCACAUGUAAAAGAUCCGGAAAAAAUUUUGAAGAAAAAUUUAUUAAAAAUAGAAUUUCUAAAAAAACCAUUGGAUUCUCAACCAAUGCAACAAUAUCAACAAACACAACCAUUAAAACCUAAAUGGUAUCGAUUUGAUUCAAGAGAAAUUCUUGAUGAAUUUCUAUCCGAUGCUAAUCGUCACGGUUAUAUUGAACGUCUAGUCCGUACAAGAUGGUUUAUGACCAAAGUCAAAUAUAUUCCAAUGUGUCAUCGACAAAUCAAAUAUAAUAAUGAUGAUGACAAUAAACAAAAUUCAUCAAACGAUCAUCAAAAUGGCAAGACGAAAAAUCGAACUAAUUCAUCAGGAUCAAGAGAAUCAUCAUCUUCGUCGUCGUCUUCGGAUGAUAAUUAUAAUGAUAAACAAAAAAAUGUGAAAAAAAAGAUAAAUAAAACACAGCGACAAAAACAAGAAGCUUCAUCAAAUAACACCCCUCCAAAUAAUAAUGGACAUAUGUUCGAUUAUAAUGGCGACAAUAACAUAAUGAAAGCAAAGGAUUUUCUUCAAAAAAACAAACAACAGCAGCAACAACAACAAAAAUCAAAAAAUGGCCAUAAAAACCAUUGAUAAAUGGUUGAUGAAUCUACUACAAAAAAACGCCUACAAACAAAAUAACACACACACACACCUUAUUGUUUUUCAAUUCACAAAUUACUCUUUCUCAUUAC